CGUGACUCACUUCCGACCAGUUCAGUUUGCGCCGUCAUUUUGUUUCGUGCUUUGUGUAUUCCGUGUGCUGCCAAAAAGACAACAAAACUCUUUUAAUUAAAACAAAACCAUCGAAAAUUCCGCUUCGUUUCGUUACAGUCGCGCGCCUUUGAACGACCAAGAUAACCUUUGGCAGCCUGAAGUUUUACACCGAUGUAAAUUUACGAUCGAACGAACAUGAAGGAAGAGAUUUUAGCUGCCGUUAUGUUUUUUAUUCGUUUCAUCGAAAAAAAUGGGACGAUCACGAGAGAUCAAUUGGAUAAUUUCAAGAAGCAUCUCACAGAUCUUCUAGAGGCGAGAUUUGACAAACAUUGGUUCCCCGAUGUGCCGACGAAAGGACAGGGAUACAGGUGCAUCAGGGUGAACGGCGUAAGUCCGGUUGAUCUCACAUUGGAAAAGGCGGCCGUCAAAUGUGGACUGAGCUACAGCGACCUGCGGCUGCCGCAGGAACUAACAGUUUGGGUGGAUCCCAGUGAAGUAUGCUAUAGACUUGGCGAAUCUGAAGGUUCGUACUGUACACUAGCAACGUUCCCGUCGGAGAGCUCGUCGUCGUCGGCGUCGUCGUCGUCGGAAAGCACGAGUUCAACACCGACGCCGUCGCCACCAUCUACACCGCUCCAGGACAAACCGAAAAAAGUACAAAAGCACAUGCACCAGAGGUACCCCCUGGACUACUACCCAGUCAAGUACAGGAACCACUCUAACAUGGCUGUCCCAUCUCUGCGGGUGAAGCAAUCGCCCCGAGAGGCCCACACCGACAGAUUGACAGAAACCGUGAAUGACACGUUAGCAGUUAUGGCCUAGGACUUAAAUGAGAAAAAUGAACUUUAAUUUUAAUCAAAAUCGUCCUUUGUAUAGAUGUGAUGGCCCCCCAUAUCCACUGACCCCUGCGUUUUACAGGAACAUGAAUUACAAUAGAAAUUACAAAAAUGUUUUAAGAGUGUAGGUCCCACAUCCAUAUAGGAUUAACGGUAGAUGGUUAUUACUUGUAAAGAAAAAAAAGCAACUUAUCUACAGUUUUUUAUAAUUAAAGUCAAAUUUAUAUUAUGAAGCAAAUUAUUAUUUGAUUUAAAAUACAAGUGACUUUUCUAUUUCCUAAAAAGUAGCAAUGAGUUUUAUUCUGGUUGGUGCUUAAAAUUGGUUAUUUUGAACAUUUAUCUUUAGGGUGCCUUGGUGUAAAUUAAGUGUAGAUGAUUUAUUAUUGAAUUUUGAACGAUGAUUCUCCUUGUGUCGAUUAAUUAAUACAUGUCCCGCAACUAUAAGCAAUUAAUGUAGUUAGAUAUUGUUCAAUGUUUGUAUAUGUUGUAAGUUUAAGUUACAUUUUACUGUGAUAAUUUUCUGUCAUGACAAAUAAUGCCAUUAGCAGCAGUGUUGCUACUCCAUUUUUUUUUAGUAGGCUCCUGUACCGUGGACUCGGCGCCCGUUCAACCCGGUGACGUGGCUCGUGCUGUGGGUAGCGACGAAUCACGCCAUCGGGCCAAAUAUCUCUGAUAGUUAUUGAACUGCGUGAUGUGUAUUAUAGUGAUAGUAUUUUUUUAUUUAACGCCACCUUAGCCCCUUGAGGGACCUCGUCUCCACCUCACCAUCCACGUCAUGUCUGUGCUGGUGUGGUGGAGACUUCUAGGGUUGGCUCAAGUCAAUUGGGCCGCCGAGUCUAGUAAUUUUUAGCUUUAAAUUGCACAAACUUCUAAGUCAUUGCGGAUGUACAAUGUGUUGUAUGUGUUAUGAAUUGUGACUGAAUUUUUAUAAUUAAUACCAAAAAUGUAAGAAUCCUUUUUUUCCGGUUGGCGAUAUCUAAUUUAAUUGUGUAAAUAAGGUGAAAUAAAUUGUGAUUGCUUAUAGUUGACGCUUUUAUGGUAGUACAAAUUACUGAAAUCGUCCAAAAUAUGCAUUUUUAAACAUUCAGCAGUAUUUCUCAUCGGAUGUCCGCGUUUUUAAUCUUGUUGUUUUCUGCCAUGUACAUUUCCCUCACGUCCCUCUGUAAAUAUGUUACUACAUUAUAGAUUUAAUGUGACAACCCUAGUGUAUUUGUCUCCCUCGAUUGGAACAACACGGAGAGCUGCAACAGGAACUUAAACUUUGUUGCGACUGUUGCACCUUUCCGUUGUGAGAGCUUGCAACCAAACUGGAAUUAACACGUUAAAAGAUUGCUGGUUGACUGCCACUUAGCCCCCGCCCCCCACGUGGUUCUAAUGAUCUAUCGUUAAUCUCGAAAAAAUAUUGUGCAUGUUUCAAUUUAAAUGUUUAUAUAAUUACGAUUCCUCGUGGAAUUUAACUUAGUUUUCAUACUAUUCCUUUUUAUGAAUUCAUGUGAAUUUGCUUUUAUUUUUUAUGUUUUUUAUAUUAUGCAAAUGGUAACUGGUAUGGUUUUUUACUACUUUAUUUUGAUUAGAAUGUGUUUGUGCAGACAAUAGAUCUAUAAAUAAAUAUUUGUUUCUCGUCUACCUUUUGAUAGAUGUUAGAGAUAGUCUUUGAUGUACCUUGAUGAAAAAAAAAACACUACUAAAGGCUGAAAAUUUGUCUCAACAUUUUCCCGCAAAUGUUUGGUUUAUUGCAAAUGAUAAGUCUGUUUCAAACAAUCGAUGUGGUCCAAAACUUAUGACGAAUAUCGCUACGUCUUGUAAGUUACUAUAAGAUUUUUUUUACAGUAAGGUUACGGUUAUUAAAAUCAAGUAAAAAUUUAUGUAUUCAGUACAGAAUUGUGGAUAGAAAUAUGUUCCUUCGCAGGAAAUUGUCUCUUUAAAUGUUAAGUUGUGUUAUGUUUAUUGAUUGGGUACAUAAAAAGUAGCAAUUGUUUAAAGAUCAAUGAUUUCCUGUUGAUUUUUUGUAUUUGUAUGGAAAACUAAUUUAAAUAAUUAAGUGUAAUAUAUGUGUAAUAUAAUCUUUUGACUGAUAUUGUACAAAACUAGAUUGUGAUUAAGGCAACGAUGAUUUAUUGAUAUGGUAAUGUUACUUAACGGGUGAUUAGUUGUAAAGAAAACAUCCUUGUACUACCCCCUUAAUCCCACUACAUCAAAAUUACAAAACCUAUAUUCUUUAAAGAGCACGUGAUUAAGGGCGCAGUGGUUGACGAUGAUUUCUAGGAUGGAUUUAUUACAAUUCUGUACAAUACAUAGUUUGUAGGUUUGGUUUUACUAGUUGGUAUUGUAAUUUUUCUGAUAUCAUAAACAAAACUAACAGGGUUUUAUAUGACAGGUUCAUUUGCAUUUUUAAAAAUGGGUUUACCAAGAAUUAUGUACAUUUUUAUCGAAUUGCUGCAUCAAGUGCAAUUACUUCAAAAUAUGUGAUAUCUUUUUCCUGUAAAUACAGUUCAAAAUUUUAUGAAAUUAAUUUAAGUGAUUGUACAUAAUUCUUCAGAAACCUAAAAACUUUACUGUAGAAAUUGUAUGUAGAAUGUUUCAAUGUAAUAUAAUAUUUAAAAAUAUAUUAAUGUUAAGUAUUGCAUUUAAA